AUGGGCAAGGGAAGGGAACCAAAGGUGAACUACCAGCCAGAAGACAUGUCCUGCUACAACCCCUGCCUGCCCUGCCAGUCCUCUGGCCCAACCCCGCUGGCCAACAGCUGCAAUGAGCCCUGUGUCCAGCAGUGCCAGGACUCCAGAGUCUUCAUCCAGCCGUCCCCUGUGGUGGUGACCCUGCCCGGCCCCAUCCUCAGCUCCUUCCCGCAGAACACCGCCGUGGGAUCCUCCACCUCCGCUGCCGUUGGCAGCAUCCUCAGCUCUCAGGGAGUGCCCAUCAACUCCGGGGGCUUUGGUCUCUCUGGCUUGGGCAGCGGCAUCUGCGGCACAAGGAGGCGUUUCCCCUGCUAA